AUGGAUCCUCUUAGUGUCGCCAGCGGCAUAGCUGGACUGCUAUCAGUCGCAGCCGUCAUCGUCAAGGCCUUUGACAAGAUAAAAACCAACAUGGACGAUUGUCCCAGAACAGUUGAAUGGGCGCAGGCCGAAACGAGCGAACUUCACUGGGCUAUCAAACGACUCAAGGGCAUAAUCGACGACCCCAACUCAGUGGCCAAGACUUCAGGAACGUCGCUAGGUCUUCAUGACGCGACCAUCACCAUCAGCGAGCUGAUAACGACAUGCGACGGUCUCAUCGAGGUGCUGAAGCCGUUCGACGAUAAUCGUGCUUUGGCUCACACGAAGCUGGGCAAAGUCAAGUGGCUUCGAGUGCAGGAUGAUGUGGUCAAGUACAUACGCGAAAUGCAAGCCCACAAGGGUUCUGUGACUCUUAUCCUGAACAUUCUGCAAUGCGAUUCAGACGUAGUAAUUAUCGACUCUCAGAAUAGACUGGCGAAGAAGAUCGACAAGAUCGUACGAAACAGCGAAUUAACUCAAUUACGCGUGGAGAAAAUAGAGGCCAUGUUCAAUACAUACAUCAUAGAGAAUCCAGCUCUGUUUCCCUCCAACAGAUCAUCAGUGGGAACGACACUAGCUAACUGGAAGGAAGAAGAUGAUGAAACGGACAACUCAUCGGUAGUCACAUCGCACAAAGAUCAUGAGGAUUGGACCACCUUUCGUUCGAGCAAUGAAAGAUCCUUGAGUUUUCCAUCGCAAGGAAAUAUAGUUCCUCAGAUAGCUCGACCUGUGCCGAAGCGCACUUCUUCAGCAGAAACAUCAACCAAGACAGAGAGUAACGGUGUCUCAUCACCACCACGAAGAGCAUUCGAAGAAACUCUCGAAAAGUCGGAUGUUUAUCAACGCGUGUACAACUCAACCGACGCCUUUUCGAUAUACUCUACUCGCAAUCGAUCAGUAGUAGGUUCAGUCAUGACCAGCUUCAGUCUCGCCGACAACUCGUCCAUCCUCUCAGCAUUUCCCAUCAUGAGCAGGACCGAGCUGAAGCAUCCCGAAUACUACGCGCACAUGAAUGGAAACCAGCGCAUAUCCAAAGACCUGAUGAGAGCCAUCACCAUGCGAAGUGUUGUCAAGUCUCCUAUUGAACCCAGUCCCGAAGCCCCCUUUUCUCUCAAGCAGUUCCGCUCACCCCCAAACUGCGGAGAGAACGUCAUUGGUAGAUGGAGCAACUCUCGAACAAAGACGUGGAAUUCCAAAGAGUUUCGUACAGAGAUUCAGUUUGAAGUUCCUUUUAUCUUUGUAUCGACUCCAGGAUCCACUGAAGGAUAUAUUGACGGCGCGCAAGUGCACUUCAUCGAUGGGACACGAAAGAGUCUGGAUGCUACACGUACAGAUCUUGAACUACCCCCUACAGGCACAAAGACCAAGACUGGCCGUAUUAUCAAGAAUGAACGUGCCACGUGGCUCAUACUCUUGUCGAGUUUGCAGAAGAUGGAGAACCAGUCACAGAACUGGACGAGACAGCAGAUCAUGAGUCUCAGGCCGCGACCAGCCAGCGCACAAGCAAUACUCAGCUCCGUUGCAGGCAAGCACAGUCUCCGAACAGCUUUGCAGUGCGAGAGAAAGAGCUGGGACGAUAUGCCUCCUUCAGUGAACCGCCCGUACGCAACCACCACCAUGAGCCAGCUGAUAGAGAUGCUUGCGAUGCUUGGUAUAUACUGGCGCGACUUUAACCCGACCUACAACAUCUACCAAGCUGAAGGGAAUGGGUUUCUUGUCAAAGGUCACAAGAUUAGUGGCCUUGGUAUCAUGUUUUACUUUCAGGCUUUAGACAAGGCCGCUUUUGAGGAGAAUAGGCCGGUUCCUAACAGGGGGGUUACGAGGCUUGCAUUUGGACAGCUUCCGACAAUCUUUUCACAUGUUGUUCGCCUGGGCAGUCGAAAGAAUAUGGCUGAUACUCUGACUACUCUUGGAUGUGACCGCACAUCAUCAAACUAUUUCCUGCGAGAUGGUACUGUGACGUCUCAUAUCUUCCCAAUAACCUUUGAACUUAUGGGAAUGAUGGGUCAGGUAUUCCACAUCAAGGAUCUCUGCUUCAGAUACAUACCAAACCCGUGUUACAACAUCUGGAGCACAAAAGGAUUCUCCCUACCAAGGCUACUAAUCGCGUAUCGGAAGCAUCUACAGGAGGAUAAAGACAAGGCACAUGGGCAGCUCUUUAUCCACCUCAACACUCUGUUGUCUCCAAAGACGGAAAUUCAACUUCAACGAGAUGUUCCUACAAGCUACAACUGGCAAGCUCAGGAUGCUCUACAUUCUGUACUCGACGAACUGGAUGCGACGCUUAAAAACACUACUCAAACAUCACAUGUAAAGGAUGUUAUUGGCUCUCACUUCCAAGAAGUUCUAUCCCAAAUGAACGGUCAGACAUUCCCGCGCUUUAACGGCAGCGACAAAGAAGAUGUUUUGAUGAGGACCUAUUUCCAGCAAAUACUUCCCGCCGUGCAAAUCUCUUGUUCAGCAAGGUUCUUCGACUCGAAGACGGCUGACUCCGAAUUCAACGUGGUCAAAGGGGGGUAUGCCCAGACAGCAGAGUACGCAGCGUAUCUUUUGGCUUGCAAGGAGUUGUGGUGUUCUCUUGUUCUACGGAUGAUUUGUUGGCUCAUGUUGCAUGAUUUUCACGGUGAUGAUGUGCAGGUUCCAAAGGGGGAUUUGUAUGGGAGUGAUAUGCGUGUGUAUAUAUCGUGA